CCCCAGGAUGGUCGAUGGAGUUAUGCUUCUCCCCGUGCUGAUGGUGAUGGUGAUCCCGUCCCCGAGCUGGCAAGAUGAUGAACUGAAGCCCAAGAUGGUUGCCUACGAAUGUGUGUGUGAAGGCAUGUCCUGUGGGAAUGGGGAUCGGUGCCAAGGCCAGCAGUGCUUUGCUUCCCUGAGCAUUAAUGAUGGGGCUAAGGUUUACCAGAAAGGCUGCUUCCAGGUCUACGAGCAGGGCAAGAUGACAUGCAAAACUCCUCCGUCCCCUGACCAGGCUGUAGAGUGCUGCCAGGGAGACCUGUGCAACAUGAACAUCACUGCACAGCUGCCCUCUUCGAAAGGACAAACCUUUCACGGAGAUGCUGCAGGUUACAGCAUGGAAACACUAAUCCUCGUGAUCCUGGCCCCUGUGAUAGUGUUGAUAGUCUUUUCUGCAGUAGCUGUGCUGAUCAUCCGGAGAAUCCAGAAGAACCACAUGGAGAGGCUCAAUUCCAGGGACGCGGAGUACGGCACGAUCGAGGGGCUCAUCGCGUCGAACGUGGGGGACAGCACGCUGGCAGAUCUGUUGGACCAUUCCUGCACAUCUGGAAGUGGUUCUGGACUUCCUUUCUUGGUGCAAAGAACGGUGGCUCGGCAGAUCACCCUGGUGGAGUGUGUAGGAAAGGGCCGUUAUGGAGAAGUCUGGAGGGGUCAGUGGCAAGGAGAAAACGUUGCUGUGAAGAUCUUCUCUUCUAGGGAUGAAAAAUCCUGGUUCAGGGAAACCGAGUUGUACAACACUGUAUUGCUGAGGCACGAGAACAUUUUAGGUUUUAUUGCCUCUGACAUGACGUCCCGGAACUCGAGCACGCAGCUGUGGCUGAUCACACACUACCACGAGAUGGGGUCCCUGUACGACUACCUGCAGCUGACCACGCUGGACACGGUGAGCUGCCUGCGCAUCGUGCUGUCCAUCGCCAGCGGCCUGGCACACCUGCACAUCGAGAUCUUCGGCACGCAGGGCAAGCCUGCCAUCUCCCACCGCGACCUCAAGAGCAAGAACAUCCUCGUCAAGAAGAACGGGCAGUGCUGCAUCGCCGACCUGG